GGUACAAGCGCCCGGCCAGCCGCGGUUCUCGCCAGCGUUGUGCACGUCGGCAUUUCUGCUCAUUUCCUCGCGGCGUUGCUGUGGCAGGAGUCCAGCUGUCGAUCGCAAGGCGCUUCGCAAGCGCAAGUUGGGACCUGGUGUGAUGUCACCGCAGGACCCAUAUGGUCCUUCAGUACCCUGGAUCGAGCUGCCGCCGCUACCUGCCAAGAAGGCGUGGCGGUUGCAAGAGCUCCUGGCAGAGAUGGAGGCCGCGUAUUCGGAAUUGGUCGAGCCUUGGGAGACGCGCAAAGCGGAGUUCGAGGAGAUCUACUGGCCUACUCGAAGCGCAUCGACCUACGGCGAGCUCGAUCAAUCCAGCGUGGCCCGGUUGGUCGAGGAUGCCAACCUCCGCCCCGGCCACUGCUUCGUGGAUGUCGGAAGUGGCCUCGG